AUGACUUCGAGGGCGUUGGCAACAGAUUCUAGUCUGCAGAGAAGACAUAUUAUUAGAGAUGGGCAAUGUAGACGUUGUUGUUCUGCUUUAGAAACAGAGAAACAUUUAUUCUUCGAAUGCCCGUAUGCUCAGAAAAUAUGGAGAAGAUCUGGGAUAUCAAACAUCAUCAUCAACAGCCAUACUGCUACUUUUGAAGAGAAGAUUGAUGCUUGUCUGCAAUAUUCAACAUCAACAAGACUUAUCCACUAUCAAAACUUACCAAUUUGGAUCCUAUGGAGGAUUUGGAAAAGCCGUAAUGUGCUUAUCUUUCAACAGAAAAGUAUUUACUGGGAGAGAAUUCUACAACAGGCUCAGGCUGAUGGUAAGGAAUGGAGCUUACAUAAUAAUGAUCAAACCAGAUCAAUAUAUGGGAACGCUAAUGGGAGGAGCACACAAGGAGGCUGGCGUAAACCACCUCAAGGAUGGAUCAAAUGCAAUGUAGAUGGUUCUUAUUCAGCUCAACAACAAACAAGUAAAGCGGGAUGGGUAAUCAGAGAUUCAAAUGGAACCUAUAAAGGAGCGGGACAAGCCAAUGGGAAUCAUGUUAACAAUGCAUUCGAGAGUGAAAUACAAGCUCUCAUCAUUGCAAUGCAAAACUGCUGGAGUAAAAGAUACAUGAAGGUACAGUUUGAGAGUGACUGUAGUAAGAUGAUUAAAAUUUUAAACAAUGAAGUGCUUCACUUUGCUGAAUAUAACUGGAUUCGAAAAGUGAACUGGUGGAAACAGAAGUUUGAAGACAUAUCAUUCAUGUGGAUUGGAAGAGAUGGGAAUCAAGUUGCAGAUGGCCUAGCAAAGAACGUGAAUCCAAAUAUUGUUUCUUUUGUAUUUCAUCACUAUGUACCUAACUGUAUUACCCAUUUGUUACACUAUGAUCAUAUUCGAUCAUCAAGUUAA